AUGGUUGUUUUCCCCGAUUGCCUUCGAGCACGGCCUUGUAAACCGUGCCCAAAUUACCCUUCCCGAGCACCUCAGCCGACAGCACGGAGCAAAUCCUCGAGCUCAAAUCGAUUCUUCUCGUCGAAGAAAACGAGCCAGUUUGUAUGCGUGGGGCCCGUGCCUCCUUCGUUAUCUAUAAACCCCUUAUGGCUCGAGUGGCUGCUUCGUUUUCCGCCCUCACUUGCCGCUAGUGAAUUUGUCGAGUCGAUUUUGUUUUUCCGGCAGGAAUAUCGCCACGAGAAGAGCACGAGCAGUAAAAUCGAAAUUAGUGUGGUUAGGGAUAUUAAUGUUCUUUUUGGAGUUGGGAAAGAGGUUGGAUUUGAAUUGGUGGAAUUGGAGGAUGAAGAGCAAUCGUUGAAAUUAAGGCAGAGAGCUUCAUUGCCGGAAAAGCUGGUCAUGCCGAAUUUUGUGAGUAGGGAUUUUGAUACUGACCCGUUUAAUUCGUUGUUCCAGAGGUUCAGAUGGCGGAGAUUGGGAGGAUUUGGGGAUUUGGCCGGUGAUUUGGUUGUCUUGGAGAUUGAGGGUUACGAGGCGGGACAGGGCGGAGAGGUUUUGAGGGAGGCGGGACAGGGCGGAGAGGUCGGACGAUCGGGCUAA